CUUGAUAUUUUUCAGAUACGUUUAGAAACAGUGACCAAAAAUCGGUUUGCAAGGUGAAAAAAUCCAAGUUGAUAAAGAGUUUUAAAGUAUUUUGGAAAAACGACAGAUACACGAUUUCCCAUACCUGCUCAAUAUGAUGCAAUAAUAAAAAACAAAACCCAUUAGUUAUGAAAUCUUUAUUAGACAAGGUCAGAAAGAAUGAGUCUAUUUACGUAGUUGAAAUAAAGUACUUCUAAUAAUAGACACAAACUUUGCUUGUCAUUCAAUAAUAAAUAAUCACAUUUAUCACGAGUAUAAAUAUGGGAGAAGCAGAUAGGAUCCUCAGUUGAAACAGCGCGGGGGAAGAGAGUAUAUUUUUUACGAGUUCAUUGUAUGUUGUCAAAGCAAGUGUGGUAAAAUGGUGCUAUCGAUCGAAAGAUUUUCUGGAAAAGUGGCUGUCGUUACUGGCGCUUCUGUAGGAAUAGGUGCUAGUAUUGUGGAAGAAUUAGUUAAAAGUGGGAUAAUAGUAGCUGGAUUAGCAAGAAGAACUGAAAAUGUUGAAAAGAUUGCACAGAAACUUACUGGACAAAAAGGAAAACUUUAUGCCUUUAAAUGCGACAUGACGGUAGAAGCGGAAGUCAUCGCGACUAUCAAACAAGUAAUUGCAAAAUUGGGACCAAUUAGCAUUUUAAUUAAUAAUGCGGGGCUCUCGCUAAGUACAUCUCUGCUUGGAGGUGAUGCCGAAAAAUGGAAAACUGUUCUUGAUACAAAUAUCCUGGGCCUCUGCAUUGCCACGAGAGAAGUGGCUCAAAAUAUGAUAGCAAAUAAAACGGCAGGUCACAUAAUUCAUAUCAACAGUGUUCUUGGUCAUCAAGUAGUUGACUUUCCCGGCUUAAACGUAUAUGGACCGUCUAAAUAUGCAGUUACUGCGCUCGCGGAAACAUUGAGAUUGGAGGUUAAUAGAGAAAAACUGCAAAUUAAAGUCACAAGCAUCAGCCCAGGUUAUGUUAAAACAGAUUUCCAAUCUGUAUCUGGUGUGGGAGAUCUACCAGUACCUCCACUUCACCCUACAGACAUUGCCGAUGCGGUUAUAUACGCUUUAUCAACACCGCCUCAUGUAAAUGUUUCAGAGUUGACCGUUCGAGCAGUGGGAAGCUAAAUGUGCACCAGUUAUAACACCAAUGCUAGUUAUAUGUUUUUGAUACAAUUAAUUAAGUUUUUGUGCAGAAUUGAUAAAUAAAAAUUAGCAACAAACAAGAAA